GACCGCCACAGUGCAGGUUUAUUGGAGGCGUCCCUUGCCCUCCCCUCUCUCUCCCUCCGUCUCUGGCUCUCGCACCGCAGCUCUCCCUGGUUUGCCCGCCGCCGUGGACAAUAGAGUGAUUGGGAGGUGCCUCCCCUGCCACGAUCGGUCACCACCGCCACCACCGCCGCCACACCUGCACGACCGACACCCCGCGCACUCAGAGCCUCCGAGAUGUCAGACAGCGCCGACAUGAGCGACCUCUGCUCUGUCACGGACCCCGCCAGCCGGGGAGAGGUCCCUCUGAAGGCGAUCGAGCGGGAGCUCACGUGCCCCAUGUGCAAGGAGCUGUACGCGACGCCGCUCCUGCUGCCGUGCCAGCACAGCGCCUGCCGCGCCUGCAUCAAGGACGCACUGCUACUGCUGGGACGCGGAUCGAGCCCAGGGGGGGCUCCCUUCCAGGCGCUGGCCCAGGAAGAGCAGCACGGAUCUCAGCACUCCUCUCCCGGCCUGACGCCCACCCACAGCCCCCGGGGGCCCAAGUCGCCCGCCUCAGGCCCCUCGCCGUGCAGCCCGGGCUCUGCCGCGGCGUCUCCCGUCGGCCUGGCGGGGCCCCUGCCGCACGCAGACCGCGGGGAGGCCAACAGCAGGGCCCAGCGGCCCGACUGA